UCCGUGACUGCGGACAGAAGCCGGGUCCAGCCCCGCCCCCGCCUCUCCAGCCUUCAUCCCGGUCGGAGGAGGAUGAGGAGUCCGCCGCGCGCUGCUCUGUGACGAGGCAGCUUCAGUGGAACGAACCGGAGUGGAACCGCCAGAGCCCGGUGAGCCAUGCCGCUGGUGAAGCGAAUCAUCGAGCCUCGGUACCUGUGCCGCGGCUCUCUGCCUGAUGGGGUCGCCAGUGAGCUGGAGUGCGUCACCAACAGCACGCUGGCUGCUGUCAUCAAACAGCUGGGAGGACUCAGUCGCCAUGCGGAGGACAUUUUUGGCGAGCUGUUCACGGAGGCUAACAGCUUCUACCUGAGAAUGAACAGCCUGCAGGAGAGAGUGGACCUGCUGGCUGUGAAGGUCACUCAGCUGGAUUCCACCGUGGAGGAAGUCUCGCUGCAGGACAUCAAUAUGCGGAAAGCUUUUAGAAGCAGUACCAUUCAGGACCAGCAGGUGGUGUCACGGAGCUCCAUCCCUAAUCCAGCGCUGGAGAUGUACCAACGCUGUGACAAGCCACCACCCCUCAACAUCCUGACAGCCUACAGGGACGACAAGAAGGCUGGUCUGAAGUUCUACACCGACCCAUCGUACUUCUUCAGCCUGUGGAAGGAAAAGAUGCUGCAGGCCACCGAGAACAAACGCAAGGAGAAGAGACGGCAGAAGGAGCAGAGACAUGUGGAGGAGUCCUCAGGGCGGGAGGUGAAGAAGGUCCGGAAAGCGCGAAACAGGCGGCAGGAGUGGAACCUGAUGGCUUAUGACAAGGAGCUCCGCCCAGAUGCUCGAGUCACGCCAUCACCUCACCAUACAUCUGACGGCUCAGUGUCACCCGACAGGUCAGGGAUGUCAGAUGACCUCUCCUUCCCGGUCAGUCCUCACCACGAUGGGCGUGAUAGAAAAGAUCAUGCUGACAUGGCGACCAGUGGGUCUGGGCAAACUCAGUCAUUGGACCGUGCCCUCAGACCCACCUCCGCAGUAUCCGCGGCAACCGCUCGGCAGCACUCACUGGGCCGCAACCAGCCGCAUCAGCAUCACCAUCGCCCACAGCCGCUCACUGGCCCAGCCAAUCAGAACGGAGCACGUUCCAACAUGGCAAAGCAAGCCAAUGAUCAUCAAAUCCCUCCGGCCCCUCCACCGCCUCCCCCUCUCAUGCCAUCAGCAGGACAGGUGGUGUUUCCAAACAGCUCCAUCCACACUGCUGCUAUGGCAACACCAUUGCACCCUGCAGCUGUGCCUGGUAACCAAGGUGGCACUGCUGCCCAGCCCCACCCCUAUAGCCCCUCCCCUCCACCACCACCCCCAGCUAACUACAUCCCCUCCCCCUCCCGUCCUAGCGGCCAAGCUCCCUCCUCUGCUGCUGCGCCCCCGGUGCCCCCGGCGGCAGAUGGCAGGAAGCCAGCCGCUGGACUGAACGUGCCAAUGAAUGACGCCCGCAGUGACCUCCUCGCCGCUAUCCGCAGAGGGAUCCAGCUGAGGAAGGUUCAGGAGCAGCGCGAGCAGGAAGAGGCCAAGAAACGAGAGCCGACAGGAAACGACGUUGCCACCAUCUUGUCACGACGUAUUGCCGUGGAAUACAGCGAAUCAGAGGAGGAGUCUGAGCCUGAGGACCAGGAGUGGUCCGACUAAGGAGGAGGACGAGUGCGCCUGACAGGAAGUGAUUCGUCAGAGAGCCGAAGCUUCUUUCUUGUUUUCCUGUUUGAUGUUAAUGAGUCAGCGUGGCAUCCAAUGGUGUUUUCUGAACCUGCUGAUGGUGACACGCAGAAACUUUAUUGACAGCAGCAGGUUUAACAGACGGUCCUCAGAAAAUGAACCCUUGGCACAGCGCCCCCCUCAGGACGCCGACCAUCUGUGUUCGUGAUGAAAGUUUAUUUAUGUAUCACUUUGCUGCUUGGACAUCAAAUGUCAUCAUUUUCAAUUUAUCAGAACUUUUAAAAAUACAUUUUCAGUUUUUAAUAUUUUUGUUUUUACAUUUUAUUUUGUUUAUAUUUUAUUCUUCAUAUUCUUUAUAUUUGUUGCUUUAGUUUUUAUAUUUCUGUUAUGAUGCAUCUUGUUCUACAGUGUGAGAUGCAAUGUGAUGACGUCAUAGUAACUACUGACAUCAUGCAUAAUCGUCCCUGCUGCUGUGGAGAGGGGGCGUGUCCUCCCUGUCCUGUACCACGUGUGAUUGGCUGUUCGUGCCGUGCUUCUGUGACCUGCAUGUGGGUGAAAAAAACUGAAAAUAGAACAAAAGUUGUAGAUAAAAUCAAGAGUUGAUUUUUGUGAUUUAUUUCAAUCAUUAAAUAUUUAAAGUCUCU